GAGAGCGCGGUUGAACGAGAGCCAGCUAAGCGGCGAGACGGUGGGGGGGGGGGCGGCCUUCAACCACUGCCGGCGCCCUCGCGAAAGGCUAUCGGCCUCCAGCAUCCUCACCUGGGGAGAGGAGGCAGGCAAGUGAGGCGGCGACGCAAGCGACUUCCGCCCUGCGCCCCUUUUCUUCUGGUUCUCCGCUUUACCUCAGCGAGAAACAUGACAACUGAAAAGAGUUUAGUGGCAGAUUCUGAGACUCCUAAACAGCAGCUCCCAAAAGAGGAAGAGGUGGUUGCUGAAACUGGUCCCCAGGAAUCUCUUCUGGAGAAAGCACCCGAGUGGGAUAAUCCAUCCAAGAAGAAGCUGAAAGCAUCUAAUGGUGACACACCCACCCGAGAGGAUCAGAGUAGGAACAAAGAAUGCAGUUCUGAAACUCGUGGCCUGUCACGCUUAUUUUCAUCACUCCUCAAGAGGCCCAAAUCUCAGGUAUCAGAAGAAGAAGGCAACGGGGCAGGAACAAAAGAACCUGAUGAAGAACACCAGAAAGAGACUGAUAUAGAAGUUGAUCUCGAUGAAGAGAUUUUGCUGAAAGCCCCAAUAGCAGCUCCUGAACCUGAACUUAGGACUGAUCCAUCUUUAGAUCUUCACUCACUCAGCAGUGCAGAAACUCAGCCUGCUCAAGAGGAUAGGAGAGAAGAUCAGGACCAAGAUCCAGAGGACAUAAAUCUUGAAAUUAAGGAAGAAAAAGAACAGGUGGAGUGUUCCAAUACAGGUGAAAAGAAAGAAAACAAGGGAAAGGUAGAAAAAGAAUUAAAGAGUGCUUCCAAAACUGUAAGAAGACCCCGAAAUAGCAUGCAUUGCAAGAUUACCUUACUGGAUGAUACAAUUUUUGAGUGUUCUGUGGAUAAACAUGCCAAAGGACAAGAUCUUCUUAAGAAAGUAUGCGAUCACCUCAACCUUUUGGAAGAGGACUAUUUUGGACUGGCCAUAUGGGAUACCCCAACAUCUAAGACAUGGUUGGAUGCUGCCAAAGAGAUAAAAAAGCAGGUUCAUGGCGGUCCAUGGAUUUUUACUUUCAAUGUCAAGUUUUAUCCUCCAGACCCAGCACAAUUAACAGAGGAUAUAACAAGGUAUUAUUUGUGUCUCCAGCUAAGAAAAGAUAUUAUUAAUGGGCGGCUUCCUUGCUCCUUUGCUACGUUAGCUUUGCUGGGUUCCUACACAAUCCAAUCUGAGUUAGGAGACUAUGAUAUAGAUCUACAUGGUGCAGAUUAUGUCAGUGAAUUUAAACUGGCCCCAAACCAGACAAAAGAACUAGAAGACAAGAUCACAGAAUUACAUAAAACAUACAGAUCUAUGAGUCCAGCUCAGGCUGAUAUGGAGUUUCUUGAGAAUGCUAAAAAGCUGUCGAUGUAUGGAGUUGAUCUUCAUAAAGCCAAGGACUUGGAAGGUGUAGACAUCACUCUAGGAGUCUGUUCCAGUGGUCUUCUUGUCUACAAAGAUAAAUUGAGAAUCAAUCGUUUUCCUUGGCCCAAAGUGUUGAAGAUUUCUUACAAGCGCAGUAGCUUUUUUAUUAAGAUCCGGCCUGGUGAGCAUGAACAAUAUGAAAGUACUAUUGGAUUCAAACUUCCUAGUUAUCGAGCAGCUAAGAAAUUGUGGAAAGUCUGUGUUGAACAUCACACAUUUUUCAGAUUAACAUCAACUGAAGCGCUUCCCAAGAGCCGAUUCUUGGUGCUGGGUUCUAAAUUUCGCUACAGUGGCCGGACACAAGCUCAGACCAGACAGGCUAGUGCCCUGAUAGAUAGACCUGCACCACAGUUUGAACGAACAGCAAGUAAACGUGCUUCUAGAAGCCUUGAUGGUGCUAAACGUGGCUCUCAAAAAAUUCAGUUCAAACUCGUAGAGGAGGAGAAGCAGGAGGAUGUGUUGGUUGGGGUUCCGGAAUCAGAACCUGUGGAACAAUUUCAGGAGAAGCCAGGUAUCACUGUGGGUAGCUCUGAUUCUCUCUCUGUCCCUGUCUCUGCGGUGCUUUUUCUAUCCUUUUGCGAGCGGAGACAUCUUACCUGAUUCUGAAAUGCUUCACAUGUUCUGGGGUAUAUUUUUCCUACCAGGAAAUCCCCCCCCCCUCUCCAAUCUCAUAAAGGAAUAAAAUGAGUUCUCGAUGAUUUGAAAACAAAGCCCCUCCUGUAUAUUAAUACUUAAAUUCUUGCAUCAAUAAUAGAGCCACAAAUCUCAGUUGCUUGA